AUGGAUCUUCAUCUGCAUCUCAUCAUAAGACGCCUAAAACCACGAUCUGCUGGUGGCCCUGAUCGCAUUCCCGCUUUUCUGGUCAAGGAUUGUGCGCCAGCUCUUCGUUCACCGCUCUUGUUUAUUUUUAAUCUGUCUCUUAGACAGGCUACAUAUCCAGAACAAUGGAAACUAUCUAGGGUGACACCUGUUCCAAAGGGAGAACCUGGAAAAGAUGUUUCUGCUUUUAGACCUAUUGCGGUGCUUUCGGUUCUGGCGAAGAUAUUUGAAACCAUGUUGGACUUUCGCAUUAGGAAUCAGGUAGAUAACAUUUUGCAUGAAAGUCAACAUGGGUUUCGAAAGAAUCGUGCAACGACUACUAACUUGAUAGCGCACGUAGACUAUGUCUGUGCUGAGAUGGAUUCUAGGAGACAGGUAGACGCCGCCUAUUUCGAUUUUAGGAAGGCUUUUGACCUGGUGAGUAAUGACAUACUGUUACAUAAGCUAGCUAAGUUGGGCUUUACUCCGAAACUUCUUCAACUCUUUGCUAGCUAUUUGGAUAAUCGUCGUCAAUUUGUUAGAGUGAGUGGUUUCGAAUCCGCUGAUUAUUUCACUAGAUCUGGGAAUAAUCAAAGCUGGAAACCAAACAUUUCACAGAGCUCUACAGUCAGUCAUGUGUGA